AUGAGCGCAAGAAGAAAAGUGGAAGUCCAGAACUCCGACUGCUUCGAUAUGUGGCACGACUACAUGAACCUGAGCAGGCUGCUGGAACAGCUCUGCGGCCGGCGUGAGGAAGAGGAGGAGGAGGAGGAGGAGGACCUGGGAGGCACCGGGGAGCCAAAGAUGGAGCUAGGAGCGCAGAUCCGGACCUGGUCCAAGCAGCGGAGAGACUCUGAAAACUCCACGAGCUCCAGCAGCAGCUGCAGCAGCGGGACUUCUGCAAACUACUGCCGCUUCUGCAAGCAGAACGGAGAGUCCGCCCGGGUGUUCAGGUCCCACACGCUCAGACACAACGACGGGAAGGUCCUGUGUCCUGUCCUCCGCAGGUACACUUGCCCCAUCUGUGAUGCCACCGGGGACCAGGCCCACACCCGCAGGUACUGUCCCCAGGUCAAACAGGAGCGGGCCAGGAUGCUGCCAGGCUUCAAGUUCUGGUAA